AUGAGUGGAGAAACAAAAUUUUUAACUUACCCGUUAACUCUAUCGCCGUUCACCCCCACACCACUGUGUACCGUCGCCGUCAUCGUCGCCUUCUACUUCGCCUCCGCGUUCGCCUCUCACCCGCCUCCACCUUCAUCCUCUCCACCGGUUGAGGCUACUUCGCCACACAACCAUCGUCACCAUCCGCUUCCACCCACGACGCCACCUUCCUCGCCGAAGAGAGCAUCACCAGUGUCGACGACUUCUCUACCAUUAUUGCCAACGACAGCCUCCCCACCACUCCAUUUUGGGGAUUUUUAUGUGAUAGUAUAACAAGAUGGAUGACAAUGAUAGUCAUUUUAAAUCCAAGAGAAUUGUUUUUGUGACUGACCAAGUGAAAGAAGAACUGUCAAAGAAAGGAUACACCCACCUUGUCAUUCAAAUGGGUCAUGGAUCCUACAUCCCCCAAAAGUUCACGAAAUCAACAGAAGAAUGUGUUAAGGUAUAAAGUGACCCUCGGCAGCUGAAGUGUAUGAGCCAUACCAAAGACCUAAGACCUGAUGAUUCAAAGGAACUGGCGAAGAGUUAAGGCUCAGCGAAGAGCCUUGUAUGUUUUGAGUUACACCGAAGAGGAGUCGACCGAAGAAUGAAGAUUCCUUAGUUGUCUUUUCAUAGCUUUAUGCUGACAUUUCUUGUAAGACUAUCCAAAUCAGUCGUAGGCAUGGGCAGUAUGGCCGCCUAACUAUUAUUUUAUAUUUUAUCAUGUACUGUUUUGCUCUUUAAAUAGAUGAUCAUGUUGAUCAAUCUAAACACACCUUCACUUCCAUUAUACUUCCUGUGUGUAUUCGAAAUAUUGAAAUACAGAAGUCUCUUUCUCA